UGUCGCGAACGCGCAUGUGGCUUUACGGCAGAAUAGGGGGGGUGGGGGAACGGGGAGAAGGCGGAGAGAAGCAAGCAACCAACCAACCAAGCCACCCCCACCCCCACCCACCUCAGACCUGGUUUACGGCUCCAGGCUCAGUCCCUUGUGAGGCAGCUGAUUGGUUGGUGGAGGGUUGGUCCCUUCCCUGUGACCCCAAAGUGCUGAAGGGGGGCGGGGGUGGCCCUGUGCAAAGUGCACCCAGAAAGCCCCCUGCCUUGAACCCCCUGGCCGGCACCUUCCCGCCUCCGGCACCCUCAGACCCUGCAUGAGGUGAUCUCUUCCUGCCCAGAGACCUCCCCGGUCCCCCCACAACUGCGGCGCUCCUGCCCCUGACAUCGGCAACCCCCUGCCCUGAGCACCCUGACUGGAUCUCCCCUCUUUUUCCUGACCGGGACUUCCUUCUUCUUCCACCCCCUGCCUUGAGGUUCCCCUAAAUUAGGAUUUCCUCCACCCCCUCUGCUGUCUUGAUGCUCGCCGGGGUGAGACGGAGGCGCUGAGGAGAAUUGGAAACACCAAGUGAUUUGGCCCUGAGGUGAUUUUUUUUUUUUUUAAAUGGAGAAGUUGGUGGCUGUGGUAGCGGCUGAAAGGAGGAGAGGAAACAGCUGAGGGGGAAAAAAAAAGGUUGACUGGAGAUCUAAAAACAGAAAGAUUUCUGCCAUUUACUCACAGAGAGGCAGUGAGAGUAGAAUCAGCAUCCAGUACAAAGGUAAAAGAAGCUUGUUUGCUAUGUGUUCUGGACUCAUAGAUUUAGCGGAAUUCCCCAAAUUGUGCUUUACAAGCACAAUGAUCACUGGCACACAUAGCAAGAAAAGUGAAAUUCUUCAAUAAGCAUCAAAGGAACCAAGUAUUUUGAGUUGUGUGUUCUCCAUUUGAAGGUGAAUCCCUAUGACCCAAUGAAUCUUUUGUAAAAAGUCGACUCAGCUAGGAUGUUACACCACCACUGUCGAAGGAACCCUGAACUACAGGAAGAAUUGCAGAUUCAGGCAGCAGUGGCUGCUGGGGAUGUUCACACAGUACGAAAGAUGUUAGAACAGGGCUAUUCUCCAAAUGGCAGAGAUGCUAAUGGGUGGACCCUGCUUCAUUUCUCUGCAGCAAGAGGAAAGGAAAGAUGUGUACGAGUAUUUCUUGAACAUGGAGCUGAUCCCACAGUUAAGGACUUAAUUGGAGGCUUCACUGCUCUUCAUUAUGCAGCCAUGCAUGGUCGAGCCCGAAUUGCACGCUUGAUGUUAGAAUCUGAAUACAGAAGUGACAUUAUCAAUGCAAAAAGCAAUGAUGGUUGGACUCCCCUCCAUGUAGCUGCUCACUAUGGUAGGGACUCAUUUGUCAGACUCCUGCUAGAGUUCAAGGCUGAGGUCGAUCCACUGAGUGAUAAAGGUACAACACCGCUUCAGCUAGCCAUUAUCCGAGAGAGGUCAAGCUGUGUGAAAAUCCUUCUGGAUCACAAUGCCAAUAUCGACAUUCAAAAUGGUUUCCUGUUACGAUACGCUGUGAUCAAAAGCAAUCACUCAUAUUGCCGAAUGUUCCUUCAAAGAGGGGCAGACACAAACUUGGGUCGCUUAGAAGAUGGACAGACACCAUUACACUUGUCUGCCCUUAGGGAUGAUGUGCUUUGUGCCCGAAUGUUAUAUAAUUAUGGAGCAGACACUAACACAAGGAACUAUGAAGGACAGACCCCAUUGGCUGUUUCAAUAAGUAUUUCUGGAAAUAGUCGACCCUGUUUGGAUUUCUUACAAGAAGUAACAAGGCAGCCCAGAAACUUGCAGGACCUGUGCCGAAUUAAAAUUCGCCAAUGUAUAGGCCUUCAAAACCUAAAACUACUUGAUGAACUACCAAUUGCCAAGGUCAUGAAAGACUACUUAAAACACAAAUUUGAUGAUAUCUGAUAUCAAUGGGACAUCAUGAGCAAGAUUAGGAGAUAUAUACCAGAUACUUAAAAGGCUUGUUGCCUUGCACAAAGUAUAUCCUAUGCAAUUUCUGAUUUGCUGUGAAGUCAGAAGGCAGGUAUACGCUUUCGGGUUUUUUGUUUGUUUUUCACUGUAAGGGAGGGAUUUUUUUUUAUACCACAUGCUAGAAGGUCUUAAUUUUGGUUUCUUGGUCCAAGUUUAAAAGGUCCAAGCUUUCUAUACAAUACUGCAUUUAGAAAAUUGUUGUGUUUGUUGUUAUUGUUGUUGGGUUUUUUGUUUUGUUUUGUUUUUGUUUUAAUGAAGCGUGCAGGUUUAGAAUGGAGAAUUUACCCCUUUCAGAACAUUUAUGGUUUCCAUUGGCACGCAUGGUAUUGUAAACCAGCUGAGCAGUUGUUAAGCUGAGUGAGGUUUAGAGGUAUAGUUUUAUGCAGGGGGUCCAGGGAUAUGCUGGAAAAUGCCAUAAGAAAUUUUAAAAGAAAUAGUCACCCCAUUCCAUUUUAAUGAAUACAAAUUGGCUGUUUUAUACAGUUCUUUUCCUAAUUGCUAUAGCUAAGAUACCAUAAAUCUAGUACCUCGGCUUUUCUGUUGGUGUGCUCAUGUUUUUAACUUUGUUUUUUAACAACAGUAGUACACUACACAGAGACAUGUCUCACUUUCUCUUUGUCUUUGUUGAAUAUGUUCUUUAAAAAAAAGUUAAUGGGAAAGAUAACUUUAUAAAGCUAAUCUAUUCUGUUUCUAAAACAGUGCCUCCAGUGCAAUAAUAUUUCUGGUGUAUUUUAUACAUUGUUUUAUUUUAACAUUCAUCAUUCCAUAACCAACUUAAAUAUGCCCGUGAAAGUAAGAACUGACUGCCAUCUUAACUUUGCAUCACUGUACCAUAAUAUAUCAGUUGAAGUUUUGAUUUUAGCCUCUUGCUGGAUUCAUACUUUUAUUUCACUCCAAGCAUAGAUUUUACACUCAUGUUGGUAGAUCUCUUGAAAUAUAGUCCAGAAUUUGAUGAAAACAUUUUGCUUUAAUGCAGUUAAACAAUUUGGAGUAGUUUCAAUUUUCUUUCCAAAUAAAGUCAAAUAAAAUGUCUGUGGACUGCAUAUUUGGUAAAUCUACAUAAUUCAUAAUAUAGUAAUAAAAAUAAUUUCCCCUAUAACUUGAAAAAUUAUAAAGCUGAAUGAUUUCAUUUUCUAUGUUGACUGGGUACAUAUUUGCACUGUAAACAUAAGACAUGAUAAAGUGUCUUAACAAUUGACAAGAUUUCUGGGACCGAAAAAGAUCUAAGAUGAUGCCCUUGAAGUGUUUUCUGUACAUGCUUUGGCAUCAUAAUAGCUUCAGAAUGUCAUUGUUCUUAAUGUUUUUGUAGAUUUUUCACAGUUUUAGGUACUGGUAAUGAGUUCAUUAUCAUAAAUGGGCUGGAGCAGUUCUUAUUAUUUUCUGUAUUGCUAGUUUCAAAUCAAAAAAUAUGAGGGAAAUGGUUUAACUGAAAAAUGUAGCUAAAUUCAGAAUUGGGCCUCUCCUUUGGCUUUCUCUCUCUAGAGCCAGAAGUAGUAGCUUUAAGCACAAAGCAUUAUGUUAGUGCGAAGGCACAAUAUCCAAUGGCAGUGAGGCAUACUUACUCUAUUGUGCCGAGGCAGUGAGCAGGUUUUCAAAAAUGAAGGCCUACAGAAAGAAGAGAUUGAUAAUAUGAUCCAUAAAGCUUUUCAUUUCCAGGACACCAGUUAAAAAAUGAUCUAAUUCAGUAGUGAUUAAAGAGUUAUAAUCACUUGGGCAUUGUGGGAUUUGAGUUGGUCUGUGCUUUUCAUAGUGAAAAAAUGUGGCUUCCAAAAGUGGUCUCCAAAGAGAGGCCACAUCCUAAAUAAAAAGGGAGUCUGAAUUUAACUGCCUUCUCAUUCCAUUAGGUGAUUCCCAGGUCAGGGUGGAUUAAUAAAGGUUAAUUAGGGACACUUGCAUUGCUUGAGUCCACCUGGCUCCUCUCCAUGUAUGUUACCGUGUCUAGUCUUAUAAUCAGAAAAUUGCAGCACCUAGGUAUGAUGAGGUGAGAGUAGGAUGGCAUGGGAGCCUUGCACUCUUUAAUUUCUUGGCAUUCCAGAGAAGUUAUGUUAGUUGUCUUAACAUAAGAUUUUCCCCAUAAUUGUUAAUUUAUUAAUUUAGUUUAAAACUUUUCUUCCCCCCAUUUUGAUUCAAAAGUUACAUCGGUAUUUUCUAAGCUGAUUUAGCCACUGAGUUUUAGUCAGGGAGUUCCAGAUAAACAAAUCAGAUUAAGGUAAAUUCUUUGUUCUGCAUUGCUGCUGUGACUUCAGAAAAAUUAUGAGAGAUCUUCCUGGAAAUGAAAUUUCUAUUUAAUGAAGAAUUGUAUAAUUCCAUUAUUUAUUGUUUGAAGUUUGAUUAUACUGGUAACUUAAAAAGAACAUUUUAUUUUGUUGUUAUUAAUAAAAUCCCAAUCAUAUAUCACAUUUAACAGUAUCUAAAAUUUAUCUAGGUAAUUGGUGGAAUUUAUUGAUUGAAAUGCUAGUCUGUAUUUGAAUUUGAUUUACAUGGAACUAUUCUGUUGUCACAAUUUGGAUAGAACAAGGAUUUUCAGAAAACAAACUGAUUUGAUUAUACCAGAAAAUCUUGACUAUAAAAAGUUGAGACCAUAUUAUAAUUUUCACUGAUCCUCAUAGUUUUCUUUUAAACUACUUUAUUUAACUUAUUACUAAACCUUUAAAAAAUAUAUUUGGAAAAUACACCAAAGACGCAGGCGAGUAAAAGAUUAUGAUCAUUAAUGAACUGCAAACCUCAUCCUUUAAAACUAAGCAGAGUGUUUUGUAAAUAUUUGUGUUUAUAAAUGUACAGCAGAGUAAGAGUGUUUUUUAGAUUAUUUAAUUCCCAUAUUUCUAAACUAUUUACUAUGUUAUAGUCCAUACUCGUUAGUUUGAAAGGCUUUUGACUGUUUUGGUUUUUAAUUCAUUAUCACUCAUGCUUGGAACAGCACUUCAGCUAAAGAAUUUAGUGUUCUGGCUAGAAUUGGCAGUAGCAGAAGUGCACAUCUGGACAAAGAGGAGCAUGAUUCAUUUCUCAUACACACCCUGAAAGAGAAGAGAAUAUGUAGUUUGAUUACCAGAGUGGACCAUGAGGAAAUUGAAAUCCUAACUUUUCUGCAGAGUUGCUCACUAGCCCAAAAUGUGAUUGGGAUAAGAACAACUUCCAAUUUGCCCACAAAUUUAGCUUCCAUGUAACUCCUUGUAUGUUAUAUCAUAAUGUAUUUUGUUCUUCCUUUGUAAUGUAAGUUUUGUUUGGGUCAAUUUGAAUUUAAGAAAAAAAAAACUUAAACCUGGUUUAAAAAAUAUUGUAGCCUUGUCCUGUUUAUUUCUAGUUUGUCUUAACUUUUUUUUGUUUCCAGCUGUUUUAUGAAGAAAAAAGUGAACCACUUUUCAUGUAUCAGCUGUUAUAUUGACUGACCAGGAAUUAUGUAAGACCAUGAUAUAGAAGCCAUUGCUGAUGUAGAUAAAAUCAUCAGAUAUUAAACCUUUGUUCAAGUGAACUUUAUCAUCCAGUCACGAUUCUCAAAAUGAAAAAUCUGUAAUCUCCCAAAAUCAAAACACAUUCAUAUACUUAACCAAAAGCUGACUUAGCCCCAAACUUGGGGGGAAAUUCAACUACUGCUUUCAUAUGUGCCACACAGAAAGGGGAUAUACAAAAAGGUAUAUUAAGACAAGUUAAUUAGUUUGAAAUAGUUUACCUAGGCCUCAAAGAGAAGGAAACAAAAUGACUCUGGCCUCAGACAAACAUAUAAUAUGUCCUGAUUGAUCUAAAGGAGAAAGGUAGUUGAAACUCUAGUGAUUGAUUCAUCACCUCCUUGAAAAGAAAAUUCUAUAUAGUAUAUUAGCUAAAAAUAAUAAUAACACCUUAGUACAAACCUACUAAGUGCUUGGCUUAUUGAAGGCCAUCAACAGGUGGGUCGAAUUUGGAAAAUUACUAAGUUGUUUGUAAGUCUAACUUUAGCACUAUUCAUGUGUUAUAUAAGUACCCUAUUUGUUUUUUUAGCUGAAAUAUGGGUUAUAAGAAUGAUUUGCCAGCUAUUGACAUAAGAGAUUAUCUGUUUGAUGAAAACAUUUGCAAGUCCAAAUGCAGUUAGUUAUUAAAAAGUUAUUAAAAAUGAAAUUAAACGCAACUCUACCAUCUUCUGUUCUUUGGUUACUUCUAUAUCAGGAAAGAAGUUCUAUAGUUUUGAAACAUGACUUUCAUCAUACUAGUAAAGAUUUUAAAUUCUUAUAUUCAGAAAUUUUGAUUUUCAGGAAUAAGUGGCAGACAUGGAUACCUGAAAAGUAGUGAUUAGUUCUUUAUCACUCACCUAGUUUUAUGCUAAGAAGAACAUGAGAUUUGAUCUUAGCAUAUUUUAUAGAUGUUCUUUUGCCUUCCAGAAAUACUGUUGAUACAUGAACAAUUUUUAUUGUUGAUACUUGAGGCAGAUUUUGAGAAAUUUAUCCAUUGGAUAAAUACCAAGGUAAGAGAGUUGUGGCCUAAAAAUAAUACCUCAGAUUCCUUUUUCUGUACUCCUUGUUUUUCUUUCUUGUUGCUCUCUGAAGAUGGUGCCUUACAUAUAGUAGGUGCUCUGUAAACAAUUUUUAUUAGGAUAAUUGUGGAUCUGCCCAAUUCAUAUAUCUGUGCUGCAUUUUAAUUCAGCACCAAAGAGAUAGGUUAUUUUAUGUGUGUGUUUGUGUGUGUGUAUAAAAUAUACACAUACACAUUUAUAUAUAGGAAUGAUUAAUACAUUUCAAAUAAACAUGAUUGAGCAAA